UCCGGCUCGCAGAAGGCCGCUUUUCCGUUUUGUUUCCGAUGCCUUCUGGCUACGACGAGUUCACGCGGACUGUGAACACUAUCGACCCCGUGUGCACUUGGUUCGUUCGUUGAAUUUUACAAUUAGUGUCGCGAAGGACGAAUAAUAACAUUCGAAACUCUUCGGUUUUCUUCCUUGGGAAAACAACAGCAGCCCAUACACGCUGUUCGAUGAGUGGGUACCUAGGCAAUUCCAGAGUAGUAAUUGAUCAUUAUGAUGUCUCAACACAGGCUGAUAUUCAACACACAGCCGUUUCUUAUGAAUCUGAAGAUGAAGCUCUUAGCAGGCUUUUUGGAAGAGGUAGGCGAGGUACACCGUCCUAUAGUAAACAGGAUAUUCUCGAACAAUAUUGCAUCUCUGAUCGAGGACUUGGAGCUCUGGAGCAGGAUCGCAGGAGUCUUUUUAGCUGCCUUUCGAUGCAGCAGGCGUCUCCCUGUUCCAACAGGACGUCGCUGCUCACGGUCUGCGUUCGACAGAAAGUUCCCUCAGACGAAAAUCUGCAAGAUAUCGUGCGCCGAUAUCCCGCCGGCUACGAUCCGUACUACAAAAGAUUACGUUACCCGUGGAUUGGAUCACAACCGGUGUCGGAUAUCUACUCCUAUAACGAAGAGAGCGACUGUUCAUAUUUCCGCAAGCGAUCCCGAAUCGAUCCGAGGAAGUACACGUGGAUGCCAUCCGAUGACGAAUCGGUUCGAUUGGAACGACCGAGGUCCCUACUCGACCAAUACAAUCCGGCCACUCUUCCUCCACCACCACCACCCGCUAUAACAAGGCCAAAACAUGUUAGUUUCGCACGUUCACAUACGAUGACAUCAUUUGAUGAUACAUCCGUUUCUUUUGUUACGUCGCCUUACCAAAACGUUAGAAUGAGUAGAAGUCAAGAGAGACUCCUAGGCCUAAGAAGAUCUGUAGAUCCACUACCACCAAUCACCCGACAACCGACAUCAUCUGACAACGUUGCUAGUUUAGAGAAACUGAAGAGAGUGCCUGCAUCGAUGAAAUCUCAAGCCACACAAACGGAAGCUUGUUUGGGGAGGAAACCAAUACUACCCGGAAAAGUGCAUUUUAAUCCCUGGCCACUUAAUAGGGCAAGUAUGGUGUCCCAAGCGGCACAGACAAACGGUAUUCUGAUUAAUGGAAGAAAAUUGUUGAAGUCUUAUUCAGAGAUAGGAGGUGGAAGAUUCAACACCAUUUGUAAGGAUACCUUCCCAAAAGAACCUUUUGUUACUCAUGACCCUUUAUGUAGGACGCAAUCAGAUGAACCUCCCAGAUCACCCUUUGUGGUUACGACACCUCCCCAUCUCACAAAAGAAAUAAAAGAAGAGGAGUCACCUUUACAUUCCCAUCAGAUACAGAUGGCUCAUGAGUCAGAGACAUCUGACGAAUCAGAAUCGAAUUUGCAAGAAGAAAUCAUAAUAGACUUUGAGCCGAGGUUUUCAUCCAGUUCUCCGAUAGAAAUAGUUCCCAAGAAAACGUUACAAAAGACGUUGUCCGAUGGUGAAAUUUUACUCGAUCAACGAAGAUUAAUUAAAGAAGAAAUUUUUCAAACUAAAACCGUUUCUUCUUUGAGUCACGAAAACCUUAAAGAUCAGUCCGAUUCUGAUGGGUUUGUCCCAUAUUUCCGAAACUCUCCUAUUAGAAACGAAGGGGUGUUUCGGAAACUUCAAGAUAGUGUAUACUCGUCUAUAUCCGAUACAUGCGAAGGCAUCGGUCUACCAACCCAAGACUCCAUAGAAGAAGAAUUUCAUGAAACUCUAAUAUAUAAAGGCAGAUAUUUGAGAAGAAGUGGGUCUUCAACCAGCGAUGACAUAUUGGAAGAUCGCUGUGGGCGUAAACCUGAAAGAUUGUUAUCUCUGGAAGAUGAAAGUGUUGUUCCUGUAUUUGAACGAAAGCCAUCACCUUUUACUUCGAAUGAUUCUCUUGCAAAUGACGUGAGAGAUCAUUCUGACGGAAUUUGGAACGAGUCUCAAGUAACCGUGUUACAAGUAGAUUCUGGAACUGAAAACGGUACAGGUUUAAGUAGCUCAGAAAUUACUUCUCUGUCUGCACCUGCUGCUACAACGUCCAUUCAAUUGCUUACUCCUUCGACCAGACGAAAAAAUCUGCUUUUGCAACACCUUCAGAGAUCUUCCAUGGAUAUUGACGCUUUGGACGAAGAAUCGAUUGACACUACUCAGAUACAGCCCGAAUUACCCAAAAUUUGUAAGGAAUCCGCACAACACAUAUCACCCAAAACGCCAGAGUACAAGAACCAACAGUUCCUAACAGCGCAUCCUAUUCACAAACAACCUCCCCCUUUGACCAAAAAACGUCCAGUCGAGCAAAAGCCAGAGUCACCGUUGCCUGCAGUUGUUCCAGAGUUACCGCUGGCUAGAACUGAUUCAGGGAAAACGAACACAGAUAUUUCCGAAAGCACCACGACCACCGACGACUACAUUACAGCGACCUCAGGGACCGAUAGUUCCAAGAAAAGUGUCUCUAAUAGGGAAGCAGCUGUAAAGGUGCAUUCUUCUGCUGUAAUUCAUGACGGUAGUUCUUUCGAAAGUGCUUCCUCUAUUUAUGGACAAGCCAAGUCGGAUGUUUUCGGAGAUGACAUGGUCGUUCCGUCCUUUUCUCCGCCAUUAAUUUUGGAAGAAACUUGCACGGAGCUGAAGGUGGUUGUUUGUUCUCGCGGUGGUUCUGCUCCGGAGCCAUCAUCGCCAUCUCCUAGCUCAUCCUCGGGUAGCUACAGUCUGGACGGUUCGUGUUCUGCAACUUCGCCUCAAAAACCAGCUGUGCCUUCAUCGCGACGGGUACCUUCUGUAUCGGAAGAUGAAAGAAGCGCUCGUUAUUCUUCGUCAGGGUACUACGAAUCUCCUCUGGAUGAUGAACCUACUUGGAAGUCUGAUCGCUUGGGACGAGCUUCGGACGAAAAAAACCAGAAAAAGAAAAAAAUUACAGUCGAAAUAACGAAACACCAAAAAUGGGACGAAAAACCCUCAACAAGUGAAAAACAGAGACCCUCUUCGAAACAUACAAAAAAAACUGACGACGAGCAGUCCCUUACCAAAGACCUUUUGAAGGUGAAUGGAAAAGUGAAAAGAACCAGGACAAGAACCAGAAGUCCUCUGCAAAGUCAGAGAAGAUCACAGCAGUCUAAGAGGUCACCAUCGUCUCUUCGAACGUCUCCAUCGACGGAGCAGUCUGGUUUUGAGAAAUCGAAUCAUGACAAAAAAUUUUCGGUUACCUCCGACGAUUCCAGUAGCGGCCUUUGCGGAGAGAAGGUACCAUCGGGACAAGCGUCACCAAGAAAGAGGGAAAAGAAGAUGAGGGAUAUUGGAAGAAAGAAGUCGAUAUCUAGAAGUCCUGUAGGUUCUAAAACGCGCAGGAAAGAAGACGAAAAACCGUCCAGUCUCCCAGGGAGUUUACCGAGAAGGAAAUCUGGAGUACAAGUUUCAUCUAGUGAGAAGAAUUUAAAUUCCAGUAAAACAACUUUGAGCCCUCGGAGUGUUAGUCCGGCAGAUUCCCCAACAUCCAAGAGGAGACUGAGUCAUUCGAAAACAAGUCCUGAGACAACUCGUUUAAAAGCGUUGAGUGCUGAAUCGUUGCGGUCUGUUAGUCCAGGUAGUGAUAGCGUUUUCUACAGCGAUCCCAGCAGUCAGGCUGCGACUUCAGAACACCAGGUUCACUGUUUGCACUGCGGUAAGGAAGUCGACAUUGUAACUACAGAUGAUCCAGAUAGACGAUCGUCUCGGAGUGGCAGUCAAGCGGAUAUAGUUCAACCGCCUGCGGGAUUUGCCGAUUCCCCGAGGUCGAAGCACGUGUCUGGAAAAUUGUAUAAGAAAUUUGAGAAGAGGUUUCGAUCGGAGGAACGACAAGCAGAGAGAAGACAUCAUCGCCAUCGAUUCGACGCAAGGGCAAAGAAAAACGUCAGGGAAGUUGCGCAUGGUCGUUCUCUUGCACCCAAUCAUAUGCUCGUUAUUGCAAAAGCUACAAUAGCUAAGACGGCCUUCCAUCCGCCAUGUUCGCCAGAUGUGGCUCCUAGCGACUACCGACACUUCGCAAAACUUAAAGAAAUCCUUGCGCGGUAA